UGGGAAUCAACGCAGUUUUUAUGCAGACAUACAUGAAAGGAGUUUCAUGCCCUUACAUAUGCGGGAAGCAUUUGGACCAUGGGGUGCUUCUGGUGGGGUAUGGUGCUGCUGGCUUUGCUCCGAUUCGGUUGAAGGAAAAGCCAUACUGGAUCAUAAAGAAUUCCUGGGGAGAAAAUUGGGGAGAGGAUGGUUAUUACAAGAUCUGUAGGGGUCACAAUGUGUGCGGGGUGGACUCCAUGGUCUCAACUGUAGCUGCAAUCCACACGACUACCGAGUAG